CGUCACAGCUUCAACCGUCAGGUAAACGUGCGUCUGGGUAAACCAGCCGGUUGUCAGCACAAUUCAUCCACGUGGAAGUCACGGACGCCGGCACAUUGCGCGGAAUGAGGCCGGCGUACAGUCACAUCCAGAAAACUCCAAACGGUCGUACACAGAACCCGAAUGCAACGUCGUUUGACUCGAGUCGUGAAUCAAACGGGGCCGCCUCUGAUUCCUGGAAACUGUUGAUUUGGUGGAAGCCAGUGCGAGUUGAAUCGUCGACGAUUUGAAAGACAAACAUACUUCCACUUUAGAAAAGAGGGCGUCGGCGCUGAGCUGGCCGGGUGACGGUGCGAAGAAGCGGGGUGUCCCUGCUGGCUGUCCCCGCUGGCCUGCUGCCUUACAUGGGCAAACCUCAGCUUGGAAUUUCACCGCGUGACGUCACCGGCCACAAAACUCUCCCAUAAUUGAGGAUCAAGAAGUUUGGGCUGUUUUUUUCCCCGAGGAUUCUGACCGUCUUGCUAUCUUUUUGAUUUCCUCGAAAGCCCCAACUAAAAGUUUCUCCAUAUUUGGAAAUGUUUGCCUCCUUGCGAUGCUCGACAGCGAUCGGCAGAGAAGGGGAUGUGAGUCACUUGGGCUGCACACGACUCGCUCCGCCAUUCCUUUCCCUGAUCCAAAGCAAUCGUGCCGCAUUGUGUAAUAACUCGCCUGGUGUUAAAAGUUUGGAAGCAUGUGGAACGCAGGCAACAGUGGCGACGACGGUCAGGUGACCGCCAGGAUGGAGACCACGCCGUCGCCGGGUAGCGCCAGCAUCUCCGUGUCGCAGCAGCAGGUGCCCAAAAAGUUUGCCCCGGUGGUGGCGCCAAAGCCCAAGUUCAACCCGUACAAGAACGCCACCGACACCGAUCCUGCAGCCGACUACCCUCCUCCGCCGCCUGCCGCUGAUUCAAUCCGCUCUCCGCCGUCGUCGGCCGCUUCCUACCCGCCUCCUCCGCCCGCCAACUCGUACGAAUAUCAGACGAGAGGACCCGAGAAAACUCUGGAGGAGCGACGCUCUAGUUUAGAUGCCGAGAUCGACUCUCUCACCAGCAUCUUGGCCGACCUGGAGAGCAGUUCGCCGUACAAGCCGCGAAACACUCAGACCCUCGGUCCAUCUUCAGUGUCCACCCCCAGUGCCCCGGUGACAGGCUACAAGCGAAUGGUCAUCCCCAAUCAGCCACCUCUGACCGCCACCAAGAAGUCCACGCCUAAAGCCCAGCACCCGGGCAGCGGCUUCUCCACGUUGCCGGCGAAGCUCCAGCCCGUGGCGGCCUCCUACGCCACCGCCUCCACGCCCAGCCAGCCCACCUUCAACGUCCAGGUGCGGGCAGCCCAGCCCAGCCCUCAGCACCCUACCAGCGGCGGGCAGCACUUUGGCGGGGGCCAGCAGCCAGCGCGCAGCCCCACCCAGGUGCAAUACACGCCGGCCCAGGCCAAAGGGCCCGACUUUGCCUACGGGCCGCCCCAGCCGGGCUUCUCCCCGGGCGCUUAUCAGGAUCAGCAGGCCUACAGGAGAACCGAUCCUCAGCCCUACCAGGCGGCGGGCCCCAAGAAGACCUACAUCACUGACGUGCCUCAGAGCCUGGACCUGUACACUUCUGGGCCGGCCGUUCCACCCAAGAGCGGCGGCGGACCCCCUGCUGCCCACCCCGAGGACGAACUGGAGCGCCUGACCAAAAAGAUGCUCUUUGACAUGGACCACCCUCCGUCCGAGGAAUACUUUGGGCGCUGCGCCAGCUGUGGGGAGAACGUGGUGGGUGAGGGCACCGGCUGCACGGCCAUGGAUCAGGUCUUCCACGUGGACUGCUUCGUGUGCAUGACCUGCAGCGGCAAGCUGCGCGGCAAACCCUUCUACGCCGUCGACAAGAAGGCCUACUGCGAGCCCUGCUAUGUGAACACGCUGGAGACAUGCAGCAUGUGCAGCAAGCCCAUCAUGGAGCGCAUCUUGAGGGCCACGGGAAAGGCUUACCACCCUCACUGCUUCACCUGCGUGGUCUGCAAGCGCAGUUUGGACGGCGUGCCCUUCACCGUCGACGCCUCCAAUCACAUCCACUGCAUACACGACUUCCACAGGAAGUUUGCACCCCGCUGCUGCGUGUGUUCUGAACCAAUCAUGCCCGCUCCCGGUCAGGAGGAGACGGUUCGUAUCGUGGCUCUGGACAGAGACUUCCACGUCCACUGUUACCGCUGUGAGGACUGCGGCUCUCUGCUUUCUGAGGGUGACAACCAGGGCUGUUACCCUCUGGAUGGACACGUCCUGUGCAAGAACUGUAACACGGGACGCAUCCAGGCGCUCUCCGCCAAGGCCACCACUGACCUCUGAGCAGCCGAACUAUUCUUUCCCGCUCAUUUCGUGCUCGCUUAACUCCGCUUCCUUCUUUGACUCAAUAGCACACACGUUUCUUCUUGCGCGCUUGGAUAAAUAUUAUAGUUAUUACAUUGUUUUACGAUGAGCAUCACGGUAUAUAAUACGGUUAGUCCAUCUCGGCAUCAAUUUGGCUAACUGGUAAAUGAAUUAAGUUUGACUCACCAGGCUAGACUAAUCAGUGACUAGCUGCGAACACGGCUUAGUAGAAACUAAAAUGACCUAAAAUACCUAGUAGCCAUUAGCCAAACAUUUACGCCGGGAAUAAUAUCGAUUUCGAUUCCCAACAACGUGCUAGCAAAUUUUUAACAUUUAUCGCUUUGAUGCUAAGCUACUUUACUCAGUGACAAGCUGUGGACAUUUUGUGAUUGACGCUAUCAUUAGCCUAGCGUAACAUAAAAACAACUAACUGUGAGACAAACUAAACUAGGUCAAUCGGCUGAAAGACAUGAACAUUUGCCAUUUGUGACCAUUCCAGCAUUUUCUUUAUCUUGUUUACAGAUCAAAAUCAUGCUAACACUCACAGCGUGGCAUUGUAGCCUUUAUGAGCAAUUAUCCCUCCUAUGCAGAAAGAAUAUGAAGUUUUCGCUUGUGUUAUCGAACAUUUGCCACUUACAUGGCUAAUGUCAGUCGCAUUGACACUUUAUCAGAAAUUUUCUGAGUUGAAUCUUUUUUUUUUUUAACGAGUACAGAGCAGCGCAUUCUCAUCGUUAUCUUUCUAACACUGUCGGUACGCCGCCGCCUAACGCUACCAACCGCGUGUGCAGUUGUCAGUAUUUUGUCCGACUUUUCGUUUCCAGCGUUUAUAUUAAGCAAGGUGGCCAUUUUCUUUUUACAUCAUAAUAGAAGCUACACGUAACCUAACUUGAUCAUCAAGAUAGCUUACAGACAGCGUUCUAGUUCGAUUCCUAAGUAUACGACACUCUUGCGGAUUCCUUUAUGCUGAGCUUGGCUAUUUUCGCAACAAGAUGCAGACAUUUCACGUGUACAACAAGCCAGCAGAAUUUUUUUUGGACCAAGUUUGAAGCUGCCGUUAGUAUAGAUUAGCAUGAAGACGGCUAAUUGGGGGAGCGUUGUAGUUUAACUACCAAGUGUACGACACUCUCGUCCAGUCUUACCGUUGCUCGCUAUUGUGCUCAUCUUAAUUAGCAUAGAAAUAGCUAAGAGAGGAUUGUAAUUUUCAGAAAUAUUUUUCGGGGGGCAUUCCCAAGUGUAUGACACGCUUGCAGAUCGUUAUCAUUUCCUGUUAUUAUGCUAAGGUAGUCUAAAUUUAUGACGCUAGCGCUAAAUGGUCGGCACAGAAUAAACAAGGUAAAGCGAUUAUAUUUUUUAAAAUUUAACGUAAAUGGUCAUUUUAUUUGCGGUUGUGUUGUUAGCUUGCUGUCUUUUUGUUUCAAAAAAAGUGCCUUUGCCCCUUUGUGACCAAAGUAAACAAACAAGAUAGCCACCUGACACGCAACCAUACUGUAUGUUCGAUUUUUUUUUCCAGUAAUAAUAAAAUAAUGCAACGGCACCCACUCUGUCGUUGUCGUUGUUGGCUA